UUAAUACUUUAUUUUCAUUUGCAACUUGCGAAUCAGUUAAAGUUUUGACUCAGUUCAGUUCAAUUCCAACCUAAAAAAUGCGAUUCUUAAUAAUCUUGUCUCUCGUUUUAUGCAUUGGUUUCGCUUAUGCAGCCAGCGUUAACCGAUCAAAGCGUGAUAUCCAUGAUGACAUGGAAAAAAUCAUCAAAGAUAUAAAAAAGAAAGGUAUUGACCAUGUUGGUGGCGACAUCAAAAAAUUUGCUCAUACCUUCAAGGAUCAAAUAAAGUCAUGGCAUUGUCCAAACGUCUUUGAAAUAAUUAAAGCAAUGGCUAGCAAAAAACGUGAUAGAAUUGCUAAAGUCUUGUUCGAAGCUGCUGUUUGUAAAGCAGUGAAAUUUGCUUAACCUUUUCUGCUCAACCUUAAGAUUCACCCAACUAAAGACUAAUAUAUUAUUCAAAAUAUAUUUCAAUUCUUGUGCAACCCAUUUGAAAAGUUUAUCCUUAAAAUUCCAUGAAUAAAAUCAAGAUAAUUGAAUAAA